CCUAAAUAAACAAACCGUUGCUCCCCUUGGUGCUAUGUACUUCCCCCUGGAUUAUUAGUUUAGUUUCUGUGCUUCCACCGGGCAGCUCUAGAUUCACAUUCAGUGUUCAGAGCUCGGGAAUCAGAGCUGUCUCCUCCUGGCAGGUGGAAAUGGACGAUUAUAUGCCACCCCGAUACCAACUGCUAGGGCGAAUCGGUGAAGGUGUCCAUGGGUUGGUCGUGAAGGCUCGUGAUCUCAGCGACGAUGACAAAAUAGUGGCCAUCAAGAAGCUCACUUUGCGGACCAAACACGGUGGCAUUGCGCCGACAACAAUACGGGAAAUCAAGGUUCUGCAAAACACACAAUGUGAGAAUAUUCUGUCACUACUCGAUAUGUAUCCUGAUCUGUCGGGAGUGUCCCUGGUGUUUGAGUACAUGCCUCACACACUGUACAGCAGGAUGAAGGACGAAGAGCAUCCACUAUCGCGAGCCGAAAUUCGACGUUACACUGCCAUGCUUCUGAAUGGGCUGACAUAUUUGCACGAUUUAAAAAUCAUGCACCGAGACAUAAAACCAGCAAAUCUGUUGAUUGAUAAAAAAGAUGUGCUCAAAAUAGCCGAUUUCGGACUGGCUCGACUGUUCAACGAUCAGGAUUCGAGCAAAGUGUAUUCGCCCCAAGUCGCCACCAGGUGGUAUCGAGCGCCGGAGAUUCUCUGGGGGUGUCAAACGUACGGACCCUGUAUCGACAUGUGGGCCGCCGGAUGUGUGUUCGCAGAAAUGUUACGAGGAGUGCCCUUGUUCGCCGGGGCCACCGAUAUCGAACAGCUCGCACUUGUCGUUCGCACGCUGGGGACACCCAAUUUAAAAGAUUGGCCCGAAGUGCGAAGCCUGCCCGACUAUAACAAGAUAAGAUUUCCUAAUGCGAAAGGGGAGCGCUGGCAGGAUAUUUUCCCAAGCUUUACUACUCAGAACGAAAUUGGCCUGGUGGACUCGUUGGUGACAUAUAAUCCCAGCAGGAGGUUAACAGCCAAGGAGGCAAUGCAGCAUCAAUAUUUCACAGAAGGAGAUGAAGGCUAGCGAGAUCUGACUUCGUUUAUCCCCGCGAAUCCAAUCAUAGCGAGAGCGCAAAACUUUCGCAAGUUUCGUGUGGGAGCAUACAUUCGAGGGAAGAAGAAAUGGGUAGGAUGUAAAUAUAUUAUCAUCCCACCAGCGGAAAUUAACGCAAUAAAACCCAUUGGAGGACAAAAUGGCAGAUGUACGACCCACAGUAACCGUUCCGUCCCUUUAUCGUCACCAUUAUUAUUUUAAAUGUGUAGCAAUCCCCAAACCGAGAGCAAACUGAUGUAAGGA